AUGGGAAUAGGUAACCAGAGCUUGUUAAUUGAAGUUGUGGAUGAGUUCUAUCAAUGGACUGUAAGAAAAUGUGUCUCAAAAUUCCUCGGCUUGUCCUCUAACGACUACGUUGAUCACAAUUACAACAUUGAAGAUGCUGAUGAUGUGAUUGGUGCAUUUCCGUUUUUCGCGAGGCAUUCCCUGGGGAUAAACCAACGCAAUUCUCCGGCCGGUAUAGACGAUUUUCCACCCGCGUGGCUGGAAACCGUCGCGCUAGCGACAUACGCCGAAAUGAUGAACUCCAUUAUUGAAUUCUUCAGCGUCACCCCCGAGGAGUGGGGAUCGCCGACCUGCGGGACCUGGCCGGACAGCCCCACCGACGUUUACUGGUGGCCGACGGAGUUCUACCAACAGAAGCCAGAAGACUACGCCGAUCCUCUCAGCAUAACUCUUUGGCCGGAGGAUUCUGUUCCAAAACUUCCCAACAUGUUUGGUGCCAUUAAACGCUUCGCUGCCUACACCCCUGACACAUCGGAUGACGUCGCAACAGAGAUUAUGAAAAUUCCGUGGGGUUGAGUUGUUUUGUGAUUGACAGGAUAAAUGAUAGAGUCAGUGUCUGAACUAAAGUAAAACUGUUGAGCAUUUUGCAGUGGCUUAACAUCUGCGUUUCAGGUCAUCUGAAGCCACGUCGUUUGAUGAAUACUCAAUAUCGGAAGUGAAUAAUUUUGAAAAUAAAUGAAGGUACAGCUGGAUGAAGAGUGUCGUGUAGUGUCACAAAUAUUUGAAAGGCGUUUGCGUUUAAAAUGUUAUUAAGUAUAAUGAAUAUCUUUUAAAAUAUUAUUUUCA